AUGCAUUGGAAUCGGUCGUGGGGUUCAGCUCUGCUGCUCGCCCUGAGUGCAAGGGUCUCACCUAUCUCAGGACACACUCGAUUGGUGACAGUUCCUACCAUGCCCUUUGUCGAGACCAAUGACACCUACUCCCUUGACCAAUUGACCGGCAUCGUGGUAGAUGUCGCCUAUGCCAACACCGUCGAUCACGCUGGACAAACGUUGAUACCACCAACGCUCCACCAAUUCGCCGAGACCUUCCAAGAGGACCUCGAGUCUUCAAUAGGACUGAGCCUGCCGCUCAAUCUCGGCGUGCAUCCCUUGCCGAAUUCGAUUUUUCUUACUCUGACCAACCACACUGGUUUCCAUGAUGCCGCUGGACGUCCCACUGCGGAAGCAUACUCUCUCAAUAUCCACAGCAACGGCAUCGAAAUUGCCGGUGCAAGUCCACUGGGAGCUUGGUGGGGGACUCGGUCUCUCAUUCAGGCAGCCGUGGUGACUGGAGAGAAGCUCCCACACGGAUCCGGACUAGAUACACCUGGGUGGGCGAAUAGAGGCAUUAUGUUGGAUGCUGGACGUCAUUAUUACCCGCCCGAAUUCUUGAUCGAGAUGUGCUCUUAUCUCUCAUUCUUCAAGCAGAACGUGUUUCACGUUCAUCUCAGCGACAAUCUAUACAACAACGUCGAUCUAUAUUCAAGAGAAGAAUCGAUGGAUCUAUACGCAGCUUUCCGCCUUUGGUCCGACGACUCGGCCGUGGCCGGAUUAAACAAACGAGCCAAUGAAUCGUAUUCCUACGACCAAUUCAAUCGUGUCCAACAACAGUGUGCCCAGCGAGGUGUUACGAUCAUACCGGAAAUCGAGGCACCGGGUCAUGCCUUGGUCAUAGGACAAUGGCAGCCAGAAUUGGCGCUCGACGAUCUGAGUAUGCUCAACAUCAGCCAUCCAGACACUAUUCCCACCAUGGAAGCGAUAUGGGAGACGUUCCUGCCUUGGUUCCACAGCAAGACUGUUCACAUCGGAGCAGACGAAUACGAGAAGGACCUGGUCGCUGAUUACACAAAAUUUGUCAAUCAAUUAAACUCGUACAUCACAGAAGAGUCAGGAAAAGACAUUAGGAUAUGGGGUACCUUCACUCCCAAAGAAGGGGCCAAUGUUUCCACCGAGGUGUCGAUCCAACAUUGGGCCUACUUUGAAGACAAUGCGUAUUCUGAUUUUAUUCAGAACGGCUACGACGUGCUCAACUCAGACGAUGCGUUCUACAUCGUGGCUAAAUGGUCGGGGAGCUACCCCCAGCAGCUGAACAAGACGCGCAUCUUCCACGGAAACCCUGCCGGCGGUGCAUUUGCUCCCAAUAUUUUCGACGUGAAAGAUGCUUCCAGAAACCCUGCUCGGGACAACGACCGUGUCCUUGGACAUGUUGCGGCGCUGUGGAAUGACUACGGAUCCAAUGCUACCACUGUCCUGGAAACUUACUAUUCUUGGCGGGAUAGGCUUCCUGCACUGGGUGACAAACAGUGGGGUGGAGACUUGCUCGAAGAUGAGUAUGAUUCGGUGUUUGAGAAACUGCAUGCAGCAAUACCGGCGCAGAACCUGGACCGCCAGGUCCGGAGCAAGACCGAUACAAUAUUGCAGUACACAUUCGAUGAGGAUUCUCAAAUCAUCCCCGAUGAAUCUGGAAAUGGGUACGAUGGUAUAGUACACGGGUGUGAUAUUCAAAGCUCCUCCCUGGUACUUUCCGACGGGUGUUACUUGGAGACACCUCUAGGCAGCAAAGGAAGGGACUAUACGUUGUCAUUCUCGGUAAAACCAACGUCAGACGCCCCUGGGAAUCUUUUCGCCGGCCCCGACUCGAUUCUCACGAACGGAAAUGGAUCUAUCACCAACGUGACUUUCAUAAGCGGCGGCAAUGCAUACUCGCUGAAUUACAGCCUUCCGCUGAACACCUGGACCGAUGUUCGCGUAGUCGGGAAAGGUGCCCAUACGAUGUUCGUCGUGGAAUCAGAUUCCAUGGAGUUUUUCACUCGACUGGGAUUAGAUGGGCAAGGCCAUCUAUGGGCACCCAUUGCCAUCGAGGCGCCACUCAAGCGGAUUGGCGAGGGAUUCACCGGGAUGAUCAAGGACAUCGUGUUGCAGAGGGAAACAGAGUGAGAAUGGACAUUCUAGACCGUGAGAUCAUACGGAAGGCUUGGGUGUGGCUUUCGUAUUCCCUGUGUAGCUGAAGAUAGUUGAUGGAAGGUUUGGCGAUGCUGCAGCACACGUGGGCCCCUCGUGAUUUGAUGACGUUGCCUCUUCUUUGUUAUUGCUUCUCUUUAGAUUCUGCAUCUCACUCCCUGCCAUCACCACGAAUUAAUGAAGAGCUGAGAAGAGCUAUGAUUCUCAGCUAUCAUGUCGACACCAUUUAUGCCGUUUUCUCUCGUUGUGUCCUUGCUCGGCGUCGCCAUCCUCAGCCGCGUGGUUUAUCUCUGUUAUUUCCACCCCCUCGCGGAAUAUCCAGGGCCGUUUUUAGCUCAAAUCACUAAUAUAUGGUUUGUAAUUCUACUGUUCAAAUGCAUUCAUACCUACCACCCAUAAGCUUA